CACAUACUACAUUAUUUUGACAGCUGCUGUCAACCAAACGCCUACACAAAACACCCGUUGUUUAGCAAAUUUUUUAUUAUUAUUUUUCUUUGAUAAGCAGCAAAGUUCUUAACACUUAGAUAUUUUGAUAGCUAAUCGCUUGAAAUGGCGAUUUUCGAGUGGCGGAAAUUCAAUUUUUUCGACUUGCAAGGAAAUGUUGACAAUGGAAAAGUUGCUGAAGCCUUAAAGGAUGCAACGAUAACAUCGUCAACGAAUGGAAAUAAUCAGAUAAUACUGUGUGACUCAAUGGGUCUGAUUCAUUUGUUCAAUCGAAAUUGGGAUGCAACUUCGUUUAAGGGUCACGACGGAUCUAUUUCAUUGUGCGAAAUAGCAACGCAGCAUAAUUUGCUCAUUACUGUCGGGGAUGACGAAAGUGGAUCGGCGCCUGCAUUCAAAGUGUGGAAUUUAUCGAAAACAACCAAAAAUGCCGUUUCCUGUCUACGAACGGUACGAACUGCCUUACAAAAGCCCACAGCGCUCGGUGUGUCCGAAAACGGGCAAUUUAUGGCUAUCGGCUACGAUCGCGGCAGUAUUUCAUUGUACCGCGGUGACAUCAGUCGUGAUCGAUCGAAGAAUGUGAAAACGUUAUCGGGUGGAAUAUCACCCAUUACGGGAAUUCAGUUCAAACAGUGCGGGAAAGUUGUUCAGAUGUUCGUGUGUUCGGAUUCCGGAGUGCUGGUGUAUAGUUUACAGCAUAAGGACAAAGAGCCAAAAAUUGUGCUGGAUAAAACGUGCGAGCCAACGAGGUGUUGCGCUUUGCAAAAAUCGUCUGUGGGAUUAAAUGAAACGCAUUUCAUGGUCGGACGGGAUGAUGCCGUCUACUGUUACACUAUUGAUGGUCGUGGUCCGUGUUAUGCUUUGGAGGGUCAGAAAUCGAUCAUUCAGUGGUUCCGUUCGCACUUACUAACAGUAUCCAAACCGAAUAAAAACACAAUCAGCACCCAAAAAGACUCAAUCCUGACCGUCAUUGAUAUUUCAAAUAAAUUCAUUGUGUUCUCGUCACCCAUCGAUGCAACUGCAACCAUUUUGGUGGAGUUCGGUACGUGUUACAUUAUAACAACCGGCAACGAGGUGUUCCAUUUGGACGAAAAAGAUCUGCAAAGCAAAUUGACUUUGCUGUUCAAAAAGAAUUUGUACGACAUUGCCGUGCGCAUAGCCAAAAGCAAUCAGUACGAUUCGGAAGGGUUGGCCGAAAUUUUCAAACAAUACGGUGAUCACUUGUACAGUAAGGGUGACUUUGCCGGUGCUGUGGAACAGUAUAGCAAGACUAUUGGAUAUUUGGAGCCGUCCUACAUUAUUCGGAGAUUCUUGGAUUCGAGGCACAUUAACUUUUUGACGGAUUAUCUGCAGGCACUUCACAAGCAGGGACACGCCACCUCUGAUCACACAACCCUACUGCUGAAUUGCUUCACACGUUUAGACAGAACGGACCAAUUGAAGGAAUUUUUAAGCAACGACACCAAUCCCGAUAUUAUAUUCGAUCUAGAAGUAGCAAUCAAAGUAUGCCGUACUGCAUCGGCUGAACAUGCCCUGUCGCUGGCGAAACGCAACCAAAAACACGAUCUAUCAAUAAGCAUACUGACCGAAGAUCAAGGGGCCUUCUUCGAAGCACUGGCUUACAUUUCCAAUUUGAAGUUCAGCGAUGCGGAAGCCAAUCUGAAAAAGUACGGUUUCAUUUUGAUGGAAAAAUGUCCGAUCGAAACGACCGAAUUGUUGAAGAAACUGUGCACAAAUUAUCGCGAAAGAAAUGCACGUAGUGACAUGGAUUUCUUGGAUGCAAGCGCGCACAUCGAUCGAGCCAAUUGUGAAGAUUUCAUUCAUCUGUUUGUCAACUCGCCGGAACGAUUGAUUGACUUUUUGGAGCAUUUGGUGAGGAAUUUAACCGACUGCAGUCAAUUAGUUUACAACACGCUGAUCGAACACUAUCUGUGCGAAUGGAAAACGAACCCGAAGUUAGAGGAACGAUUGAUGGAUAUCAUGAAAAAUCAUGUUGAAUCAUUCGAUCGAAAUCAUGUUCUGAUCUUGUGCAGUACGUACGACUAUUGGCCGGGUAUUAUGCUGAUCUAUGAAGAGCAAAAGCUAUAUCAUUUGAUCGUGCGCCACUACUUGAAGAAUCGUGACUACAACAGUUUGCUGAACAUAUGCAAAAGACUGGGUCAGAAUCAACCGCAAUUGUGGCUGCAAGCACUGACUGGACUUCGUAAAGACAAAACAGCACCGGCUAAUCUAUUGCCCCAAAUAUUGCAAGUCAUUGCACAGGAGAAACUACAGUCACCGUUGCAAGUAUUGAAUUGUUUGGCGGUUGAAAAUGGUCCUAGUCUGUCCUCGGUGCGAGAGUACUUUUUGCAGGUAUUCCAGAAGGAAUACGAAUCAACCAAACAGGAGGAAGAAGCAGUAGAAAAAUACCGUAGCGAUUCUGUUGUACUCAAGAAUCACAUAAAGAAUCUACAAGAAACAACAAUUGAAUUCCGAGGAACGCUCUGUGAUACUUGCCAUCAACCGUUAAGUAUGCCGGCACUGUAUUUCCUCUGUCAACAUGCAUACCAUCAAGAUUGCGCUCGAGGCUUUUCCGAAACAGACAAAGACAGUCCCGUAUGUCACAAAUGUCACACAAAGAACGAUCAAUUAGCUGACGCUCUGCGUGCGCAAAGCGAAUCGCGUGGUCAGCAUGAACUAUUCCACAAUCUUCUGGACCGAUCCACCGAACCAUUCAGUGUGGUUGCUGAGUACUUUGGUCGAGGUCUUUUUAACGAAAUUGUUUUGGUGGAGGAAGACAAUGAUGAGAUCAACCGAAAUGUGGUCGAGAUAAACCAACGCAAUGCAUCCCAAUCUCAAAUCAAUCCAUUCAACAGCUAUGGAGCGGGAGCCGAGGCAAAACUUCGCAUCGAUGAAGGCAGUACAGCCAAAAAUCGCCAAGAUCCGGCUAGAAAGAUUCCAAUUCCUGAAGCACGAAUGCGUCUCCAGGAAUCGAACAAAUUUUCCACAAGUCUCGAGGCAAACAUAACCCGUCCGCCGCAUAUUCGGGACAAAAGUCCAAAGGUCACACCGUUCGGCAGUCCGAGGAGACCGACAAACACCAUAUCGAAUAGCAUAGCCAAUCAACGAGCAAAAAAUCCGUUCGAUGAUGACGAUGGUUAUGACGACGCGAAGAAUCCGUUUGCAGAAGAUGAUGAUGGAGUCACCGAUGCCGACAAAAACAAUCCAUUCGAGGAGUACGAUAAUAAUCUGAAUCCAUUUGCUUAGUGUUUGGUUAAAUUGCUUAGCUUACGGAGUAGCUUAUUUACUGAAAGCGUUUUUAAUUACAAAAAUAUUUCUAUCCAAAUAAAGAAAAUUAGACAAAAAA